AUGUCAAGCCAGCAAUUUUACCUCCUAGGUGAAGCGGCAUCGUCCGCCAAAACCAUCGAUGUCGACUCCAAGUCAAGUGUUGAACAGCUCAAGCACCUUGUCGCCGCUCAUUUUGCAAUUGUAGAGCCAAAUGGGAUCGGAUUCCAAGCAAACGAUGAAUACCUCAUGGAAACCGCCGACAUCGUCGCCGCGACAGAACUCAUAGCUAUUAGUAUCGACGGCAGCGGUGUACGAGAGCCCGAAGGCCCCAGCGGUCUUCCAUACGUCGGUAACUACCUCGAGGUGUAUCCCGACCACCUUGGCAACCACCAACGCCUUUUCGACCGAUACGGCCCAAUCUUCAAGACCACCAAUCUUGGCCGUACAACAUACCAAACAAACGACCCGACAAUCUCGGCCAUCGUCUUCUCGGAGUCAGACUUUUUCUCUAAGAAGAUUAACGAAGCGCACCCGCUGCAUGCCCUCAAGACUCCAUUGGCCGGGGUCUUCUUAGGUGACACUGACACGCCGGAGUGGAAGGUAGCGCACAAGUUCUUGCCACCAGCACUUGGACCCAAGGCAGUGCGACACUAUGCGCCGACGAUGCAGCGGACAGUUGAAGAUGCGUUCACGGUAUUUGACGCCCUUGACGAGGGCGACCAGGCAUGGAACGUGUACCAGUAUAUGUUAAAGCUGGGCUCUCAAGCCGUUGGGAAGUUGACGCUUGGACUGGACUUCCAGCAUUUCACCGAGCCCGGUGCGCCAGUUCAUGAGAUGGUUCAUGCCAUUGCUGAGAUGCUCUCGCUUAACAAGGAGGUAACCUCCAAGGGUAACUGGUACGGGAAGUUGCCAUUCGGGGCUCCCAAGAGACUGCGGACUUUGAAGUCGAGGAUUGAGGAGAUGGUGCAGGAUUCUAUCAAUAACGCUGCGCGGGGAGGUAUUACUGAUUUGCCGCUCCAGGAGGCAGCUUUGGAGGCUUCUAACAUGGUUGACUACGCCAUCCGCGCUACCGAUAACAAGGGUGAAAAGUUGCCAAAGGAGAGCUUAGUCUGGGCCCUCGUCGUGGCAACAGCAGCCGGAUUCACAACAACCAGCUCUCUGCUCUCAUGGCUGAUCUACGGGCUCGUCACAUACCCCGGCAUGCAGGAGCGACUCCUCCAAGAACUGGUCGACAACGGCAUCACAGAAGACACCGAACUCACAGCAGAAAUCACCGACAAACUCGUCUUCCAAGACAAAUUCAUCAAGGAAACACAGCGCAAACACAAUCCAUCCUUCCAGCCUGGCCGAACUGCAAAGGCCGAUUUGGUUCUUCCUGGCGGCUACAAAAUCCCGAAAGACUCCGUCGUUAUUCCUGCGCUCCAUCAUAUCCACAAUAACCCCGAGCUGUGGGAUAACCCGGCCCUAAUCAACCCUGACCGCUGGGAUACGCCUGAAGUGAAGGGGAGACACAAGGCGGCGUACAUCCCGUUCGCGAUGGGGCAGCGCAUGUGCAUUGGGUUUAACUUUGCACUGCAGGAGGUGAAGAUCUUCCUGCCGAAGCUGAUCUACCGGUAUAACUUUGUUCGAGAAGGGAAUGGGCCGAUUGAGUAUGAUCCCAUGUUCCAGUUGAUUAGACCGAACAACUUGUAUGUGAGGGCUGAACGGAGAGUCAAGUGGCCUGCGAAGUCUACCAACUGA